AUGAAAGAGCCUAGAUGUUUGUUUGGAUCUGCCAGCCUCAGGGAGAUCGCAAUUUUAGCUGGUGGUUGCAACUCACGUGGCACCAUCCUCAGUUCUGCAGAGCUCUAUGAUUCUGAGUUGGGAAUUUGGAAGACACUUCCAAGCAUGAAGAAACCGAGGAAGAUGUGUUCUGGGGUGUUCAUGGAUGGAAAGUUUUAUGUGAUUGGAGGAAUUGGAGGAACAGAGUCGAAGCUUCUCACAUGUGGAGAGGAAUAUAAUUUGGAAACCGAAACUUGGACUGAAAUACCUAACAUGUCCCCAGUGCGGACUGAUGUGGCCAGGGAAUCCAAUCUUCCUGCUACAUCCGAAGCACCGCCAUUGAUUGCUGUUGUAAAUAAUGAAUUGUAUGCUGCUGACUAUGCUGACAUGGCACUGAGAAAAUAUGACAAGAAUAAUAAAGUGUGGACUACCGUAGGAAGAUUGCCAGAACGCGCUGAUUCUAUGAAUGGUUGGGGUUUGGCAUUUAGGGCAUGUGGCGAUAGGCUUAUUGUAAUUGGAGGGCCUCGGACUGUUGGUCAAGGAUAUAUCGAAGUCAAUUCAUGGGUUCCAAGUGAUGGCCCACCACAAUGGGUUUUGCUCGGCCGAAAGCAAUCUGGCAGUUUUGUUUACAAUUGUGCUGUGAUGGGAUGCUGA